AUGGCAUCUACAUCAGCAUCAUCUGUCACUCCAUCCCAAGAUCAGCUCCUGGCCCUUGCCUUUGCGGGCCAGGACACGCUCAUGCCUGCGGCCGAGGACAACCAGGUUUCACUACCUCACAAGUUCCUCGCCCUGGCUCCAACAACCAGUGACUCUUAUCCUACGUCCCCGAAAGCCAGACCUGACUCAACGGCAACGGCAACGGUGUCAUCGGCGGGAGCGCAGGCAGCGAUCGUCUCCGCCGAGGUAGCAGGGACUCCUGCACUGCCUGAUAACUUGCUCAAGUCGAGACGGAGCAGUAGCACCGGCUCCGAGGGUAGUACGGGCCAGAAAGGGCGUUUCUUGAAGCUAGGCCCUGUUCAUUUUGGGGAGGACAAGGAUGGCAAGGGGGACUGGAGUGAGGAUGUUAUUUGGGGAUGA